AUGGAGCCGCCUUCGAAGAAACCGCGCAAGCUCAUGGAGGACAGCGACUCCGACAGCGACUCCGAUAGCCAAGGGGGAGUCUCCGUGGCUCCAGAUACUGGUUUCAAAAUCAAUGAAGAGUACGCUCGUCGGUUUGAGUAUAAUAAGAAGAGAGAGGAACGGCAACAACUGGAAGCAAAAUUAGGCAAAAGUGCAACAAGCUCUCGCAAACAGGCCAACGGCGACGAAUUAUCCGAAGAAGAGGACAGCUCCGACGAAGAAGAUGAGGACGAAGAUGGGGAACUCGCAACCGAAGCUCUUGACUCGGAGAUCUUUGCAACCUUGAACGCCAUCCGAUCCAAAGACCCUCGCGUGUACGAUAAGGACGUAAAAUUCUACUCGGAAGCGACCGAAUCUGGGACACCAGAUACACAAGAAAAGAAGACGGAAAAACCGAUGUACCUUCGCGACUACCAUAGACAGAACCUGUUGAAUGGUGACGCUGUGGAGGAAGCUGAUGAUACUCCAAAGACAUUCGCGCAAGAGCAAGCAGACCUUAAAAAGAGCGUUCUUCAAGAGAUGCAAGAUGCCGCCAAUGAUGCAAGCUCGGAUGAGGACGAAGACGGAGAUUUCCUAGUUGCGAAAUCCAAGUCGGACAAUGACGGAGUCUCUCAGAAAAAGCCGGAGAUCGAGCUUGACGUUGAGAAUGCGGAUAAGGAUCCUGAAACAUUCUUGUCGAAUUUCCUGACUGCUAGGGCUUGGAUACCGACAAAAGUCUCCCAAUUCCAACCGUUUGAAUCGGAUGACGAGGAAGAGGAAAAGAGAGCGGAGGAACUUGAAGAAGCAUACAACUUCCGAUUUGAAGACCCCAACAAAUUGAAUGAGAAGCUCAUGACCCAUGCUCGUGACACCGCAAAUCAGUUUUCUGUCCGCCGAGAUGAAAUGAGCAGUCGUAAGAAGAAGCGAGAGGCCGAACGCGAAAGGAAAGAAGCGGAGCGUCGGGAGAGAGAGAACCAGAAGAACCGACUACGCAAAUUGAAAUUGGAAGAGCUAGAAGAGAAGGUUGAGAAGAUUAAACAAGCUGCAGGUCUCAAGGCGGCUGAUUUUACAGAGGAAGAAUGGGCACAAUUCCUUGAUGAUAACUGGGACGAUGAGAAAUGGGAGAAUGAGAUGGCCAAGCGGUUUGGUGAGGAUUACUAUGCUCAGGAUGAUGCCGAACUAGACGACGAUGAAGAGGAAUCUGGCGGCAAGAAAAAGCGAAAACCUAAGAAGCCAACAUGGGAUGACGACAUUGAUAUCAAGGACCUUGUACCUGACUUUGAGGACGAGGCUGCGCCAGGAGUUAGCCUUACCGAUGACGAAGAAGGAGAAGAAGCGGUCGAUGGAGAGGACGAUGAGGAGAGUGGGCGUGCCAAGAAGAAGAGUCGUACUCAAGAGAAGCACGAUCAAAAGCGAGCAGCUCGUAAAGAAAAACGACGCAUCGAAGAAGCAGUGGAGCGCAAUCUGGAUCUUGAUCCAACUCUGCUACCGGGUGCAACCAGGAAGAACGCAUCUCACUUCCGCUACCGAGAGACAUCCCCUCAGAGCUUUGGUCUUACUGCUCGCGAUAUCCUCAUGGCAGACGACUCCCAGUUGAAUCAAUUCGUUGGGCUGAAGAAGCUUGCGACAUUCCGUGACCCUGAGCGGAAACGCCGCGACUUGAAGAAGAUGGGUAAGAAGGCGCGUCUUCGUCAAUGGCGGAAAGAUACUUUUGGCACUGAGGAAGAGCCGGAGUUUGUGCUUCCACAGGCGCCCGCUGCUGCUGCCCAGGAGGAGGAAGGCGAUGAGAUGAAGGUUGAUAUCCGCGAGGGCGGGUCUCGCAAGAAAAGAAAGAGGUCAAAGAAGCAUUAG